AUGGAUGGAAAAAAGGAACAUAACUCUCCAAAAGGAGCAACGAAUAACACGGAGAUGCUGUUUGCCUUACUGGCACAGAGCGAGGAAUUACGGAAAGAAAUUCCUGUAUGCACGGGUUGCAAUCAACACAUCGUGGAUCGCUUCAUUCUUAAAGUGUUGGAUCGUCAUUGGCACAGCAAGUGCCUGAAAUGCAUCGACUGUCAAUCCCAACUGGCAGACAAGUGCUUCAGUCGAGGCGACAGCGUUUAUUGUAAAGAGGAUUUCUUUAAGAGAUUUGGGACCAAAUGCGCCGCAUGUCAGCAAGGUAUUCCACCUACGCAAGUGGUAAGGAGAGCGCAGGAUUUUGUGUACCACCUGCACUGUUUUGCGUGCAUCGUGUGCAAGAGGCAGCUGGCGACGGGGGAUGAAUACUACUUGAUGGAGGACAGCAGGCUUGUAUGCAAGACCGACUACGAAACAGCCAAACAAAGAGAAGCAGACUCCACUGCAAAAAGGCCGCGAACGACCAUAACUGCCAAACAGCUUGAGACCCUGAAAAAUGCUUACAACAACUCUCCCAAACCAGCACGUCAUGUUCGAGAACAAUUAUCUUCAGAGACUGGCCUUGAUAUGAGAGUUGUGCAGGUGUGGUUUCAGAACAGACGGGCAAAGGAGAAGAGGCUGAAGAAAGAUGCCGGGAGGCAGAGGUGGGGUCAGUACUUCCGUAACAUGAAGAGGUCCCGGGGAAGCUCCAAAUCAGACAAGGACAGUAUCCAGGAAGAGGGCAUAGAUAGUGAUGCAGAAGUCUCCUUUACAGAUGAGCCCCCCAUGUCAGAGCUGGGCCACUCCAACGGCAUCUAUAGUGGCCUGAGUGAAUCAUCUCCUCUUGUGGGGGGCCGCCAGGGAAGCAACCACAGCUCCUUCCCCCUGGAGCAUGGAGUCCUUCCCUCCCAGGACCAGUUCCACGACAUCCGCUCCAGCAGCCCCUACGGACUCCCACAAUCCCCAGGCUCGCUUCAGGUCCUUCCCAGGCACCAGCCACUCAUCUCCAGUCUUGUCUAUCCUGACUCCAGCCUUUCUAUCAUGACCCAGGGUCUGGCGUCAGGGAUGAACACGGGCAUGAGGGUUAUGGGUGGUGCCAACGGCCCAAGCUCGGACCUGUCCACUGGCAGCAGUGGUGGCUACCCAGACUUCCCAUCAAGUCCUGCUUCCUGGUUGGACGAAGUUGACCACGGUCAGUUUUGA